AUGCCGGAAAUGGCAACUGGUUCACAUUUAGAGGUGACGGUGACAAUUGAGGGAGUCAGAGCAUGGGAACAAGUGUAUUUGAUCGGUUCGGUGCCUGAGCUUGGCAAUUGGAAUCCACACGCUGCUUUUCAACUGACACAAGAGGAGGAUGGAGUUUGGAAAGGUCGAAUCUCUUUCGCCGGGAAGCCGAAAAUGAUCGAAUAUCGAUACUUUAUUGGUGCAAUGCUGGAUCCAGCGUUACCAGGUCGAGACCCAAUGAGAAUCGUGAUCAAAUGGGAGGCACAGUUGAGACCGAGAAGGAUAUUGUUACUAAAUGGAACAGCUAUAUCAAAGGAUGCUUUCGGUUAUUAUGAUGGACGUUCAACAAUCGGUGAUGGAUGGCUUUCAAAUGAGGAAGAGAACGCGUUUUAUGUUCGGAUUCACGGAAAAGCUCUUGAGUUAUUCACUGGAAAGGGACAAUCGAAAGUACAUCGAGUGAAACUCGUUCCAUUCGAUGUUCGAUUUGAAGAGAUGAUUUCCUAUGAGCCACGAUAUUCCUCAAAGGGUUUAACUUGGCGAAUGCAUUCGCUUUGUUUAGAAGGAGCUGGAACGGAUGAGAGUGAGACAAUGGAAAUCCCCGAGAUUCGGCCUCAAAAUCCUAGCUUUUCCGAGACCGAGUUGUCUGUAUUAACAAGAACCGAUCCAGUUUUCGGUGCUCAAUACCAAAAUGGAUCCAUUUUUCGGAACAACGUCGACUAUCUCGUUUUCAGGACAAGAUCCGUUGCUUUGGAUCAUCUAGCUUUUUGCAUUGAGUUAUAUGAAGAGAAUGGGACUCAACGUGUUGGUGUUGCUUGGGCUCUACCGGCUGGUCUCUCCGACACAUGGGGGAAAGCAAAAUACGCAAUUAUUAAUAAACAUCAACAACCAAUUGGACAAAUAAAUAUUGACUACAUGCGUGUUGGUGCUUGGAAAAACGAUGCGAAACAUCGAGAUUUAAUGUCGAAAUCGUUUGGGAAUCAUUGGAAGAAAAGGACUAUGGUUGAAGUUGGACAUCGAGGAUCAGGAGUAUCAUAUUCAAAAAUGGCCACUGCUCGAGAGAACACAAUCUUCUCGUUAAAUAAAGCGGCACAACGAGGAGCUGACUUUGUCGAACUCGAUGUUCAAUUGACAAAGGACCAUUUCCCAGUCGUUUACCAUGAUUUCCAUGUGCUUGUCGAGGUAGCACAUCGAAAAAACGAGAAACCUCAUCCGGAUGAGCUUGCUUUCUUGAAUCAUCAUGAAUUGGCUGUAAAGGAAUUGAAAUACAAACAAUUGAAACUAUUGUCUUUGGAGCACACAAGUCAUCACACGGCACCGGUCGAGAAUCUACGAGUGAUCCCGAGAGAAGGAGAGGAUAAUCAAGAUGAUCACCAACCAUUUCCCUUGUUAUCCGAUGUUUUGCAACGGGUUGAUCACUCAGCUGGAAUCAACAUUGAAAUCAAAUACCCAAUGUUGCAAAGUGACGGUUUGCACGAGUGUGCGAACUAUUUCGAGCGAAAUCUUUUCAUCGAUCGAAUUCUCGACGAGGUUUAUGCAAAUGCGAGUGAUCGGAGAAUCGUUUUCAGCUCGUUCGAUCCAGAUAUUUGUACAUUAAUCAGUAUCAAGCAACACAAAUAUCCGGUUCUCUAUUUGGUGUUGGGCUCCACGACUCGAUAUGUUUCGUUUGAGGAUAUGAGAUGCGAUUGCAGCAUGUUAGCAGCAAAUUUCGCGGCUGGGUCAAAGCUUUUGGGAAUCAAUUUUCAUUCGGAGGAAUUGUUAAAGAACCGAGAACCAUUUGAUUUGGCAAAAAAAUUCAAGUUGAUCACGUUCGUUUGGGGUGACGACAACAACGAGAAAUCGACUCAGGAUUACUUCAAGAAAACUUUAGCAAUUGAUGGGAUUAUCUAUGACAGAAUUGGUGAAUUCGAGGACAGAAAAAACAUCUUUGUGGUCGAAAAGGAGGCGAAAGCGGCACUGUUUGAGAGGAGUGCACAAGCGACACCGGUUGGGAGUCGACGAGGGAGUCUCGAGAAUCUUGAUAAACCUUGCAAAGACAAGACGAGUCUCUCAAGCGUGGACGAGCACUCCGAUCACGAUCUGCCCACUCCACCAAAGAGCCCAAAACGCGCGAACUCGCUUUUCUUUGGUCAAAACCAUUUGAAGCUUAUU